AUGGAUGAAAACUUCUUGCGACACUGUUAUGUUAUACGAAAUUCCGAACAUCAACAGACGCAUAAUCAUCGUUAUACACGCUUUGAUGAUCACCGUUCAUACACCGAACAACAAUCUCAACAAUCAUUACCUCCUGUUGAUAAAUACCAUCUUGUUUACUUUGCGCUAUUCUGUUGUGGAAUUGGUUUUCUUUUACCUUAUUCGAUCUAUAUCACAUGUGUCGAUUAUUUUCAUUCACAAUUUCCUCAAACGGCGAUUAUAUUCCAUUUGAAUUUUAUCUAUAUCAUCGUCGCAUUUGUAACAGUAUUGUUUAGCAAUAUUAUUGCGAACGUUCUGUCUGUUAAACGUCGUGUGAUAUUUGGUUAUUGUCUCACGUUAGUCAUCUUGAUGUUUAUCACAAUCUUUUGUAUUGCCUUGGAAGUUUUCUCCCAUCAUUUGUCAUAUUCGAUAUUUUUACUAUCGGUGGCUAUUUUAGCAAUCGGAUGCACAUUACAACAAUCAAGUUUCUAUGGAUUGACAAGUAUGCUACCGUACCGAUAUACGCAGGCUGUGAUGACAGGUGAAAGUUUUGCUGGUUUACUCGCGUCUAGUGCUCGAAUCAGUACGAAUUUGUUCAUGCCAAAUGACAGUCAUUUGAGCACGAUAUUAUUCUUCUCGCUCGGUCUUCUAUUCGUCCAAUUUUGUUUUAUUUUUUACAUUCUAAUGCAACGUUCGACGUUCAUUGAAUAUUAUGUUCGUCAGUGUGAAAAUGCGAAACGAAAUGAAGAUAUUGAAUUUCAAAUUCGAUGUCACGCGGCUUCCAUCAAUUCCAAACAAACAAUCGUUGACGAAACCGAGGAAACACUCGAGUCGAAUAUGACAUCUGUCCGAGAACCUCAGUUUGGAAUUCUAACUGUUGAUACAUUCGAUGAUCAACAACAACCGAUUAUUCCUACACAUUACGAAUAUCCAAUUAAACUAUGGUUUCGAAUCAAACGUGAAUGGUAUCGUCGAGUCGAUUGUAUGCGAACUAUCUGGCCCUAUAUGAUCUCCAUAGCAUGUACAUAUUUAGUCACAUUAUCGUUGUUCCCUGGUGUCGAAUCUGAAAUGAUCAAUUGCCAGUGGCGUGAAUGGUUACCAAUUAUUCUAAUGGCUUUAUUUAAUAUAUUUGACGUUUUCGGCAAGAUCUUUGCUCUUGCUGCUCAUCAACUUCUAACACCGAUGAAAUUGGUCAUUUGUAGUCUUCUACGUUUGAUCUAUGUGCCGUUGAUGAUUCUAUGUAUUUUACCGAAAAGCUCACCGCUGUUAUCGAAUAUUUUCUGGCAAUUUUUUCUCUCGAGUACUCUCGGAUUAACAAAUGGUUAUUUCGGUAGUGUGCCGAUGAUUCGCGCACCAUUACCAAUGAUUGAAGAACGAAAAGAAUUAACCGGAAAUUUAAUGAUGUUCUCCUAUUCAGUUGGCUUGACAUCUGGAAGCUUACUGUCCUAUUUACUAGACGUUAUCAUUGGUCAAAGUACUGGUGUUGAUUGGUGUCAACCACUUACAACAUUGAACGAAACAAAAUCGAAUAUGAUCGUCAAUAGCAAUAUUACUGAUAACAUUAGUUCUUGA